AUUUUAUUGUUUUGUAGAAAUUUGUAACGGAGAAGAAUGAAAAUGAAGAAAGUAUAACAGAUGUCUUAAAUCUUGGAAGAUAUAUAGUCACAAAUCAUUUGGUCUUGAAAGAGAAAUAUACAGAGGUCACCAAUGAUAUUGACAGGUUUAAGAACAUGUGGAAUCAUAUGCUUACCAAGGCUGAUGAAUUCUGUAAAAUGUAAGUGCUUUGAACUUCCAGAUUCAUUAAUAAUUCAUGAGGAAUAUUAUGAUAAUAUAUUAUGAAUAAUGCAUUUGAUUGUUUUUUUUCUGCUAAUCCCUUUACAGAUUUGGUAUUCCGUUCAGUCAUAUUGAUAUGAGUGUAAGUGUUUUAAUUUCUUUUGCUAGUACAAGUUCUUAAUAUUCAGGAUUUUCCUAUAUCCUCACGUAUUGCUUAACAAAACAACCAUUUACCGACCUCUCCUUUUGUUAGUCAUCAGAUCCUUUGCUUCAGUGGAAACGAAAAGUGGACGAAGUAGAAAAGUGGAUUGCAGACGCUCGUGAGAAAUUACAUCUUAAGAAUAACGUCAGGGACUUUGCUGUACUAAACAUGCUCCCAGAAACUGCAAAUGUAAGACAUUGAUGUAUGGUAUUUGUAAUGUUAAAAAGAGUCAAGCCUGUUUGUGAUCUUACUCUGAGUGUAUAUCACACCGGGCAAGCUUGAAAAAUAUGCCUGGCCACGAUGGGAAGGCAUAUUUUUCCCACCGUGGCCAAGCAUAUUUUUCAAGCUUGCCCGGUGUGGAUACACACUCAGAGUAACAUCACAAAUAUCACAUUCACCUGAGUACAUAACACCAACACAGAAUAAAAUCAUGAGUAAAGCCUGGUUUACACUAUCAAAGAUUCUGUGAUCACAGUAGGAAUUUUGCAUCAGUAAAUUCUAAAUUUUGAUGGAUUUGUAGGAAAUGUUUGAGGGACCUAACUUAGUGUUUAAUAUUAAGUCAGUUUGUUCAAGCAUUUCUUACAAAUCCAUCAAAACUUUGAGUUUACCUAUGCAACCAGCCUUAAGGUGGAGUUACACGAGCAACAAAAUUGCUGCAACUUGCAACAAAAUCUGAUUUCAACGCAUGUUAAUUGAAAAUGUUUACACAUAAAUUACAAAUCACGAGGCAACAUGUGUCGACAUUUCUACUUAACAUGCGUUGAAAUCUGAUUUUGUUGCAAGUUGCAGAAUUUUGUUGCUCGUGUAACUCCACCUUUAAUGGUUCGGUUUUAAGCUGUUCUCUCUAGAGACCCAGUAAGGUCCAUCCUUAUUGGCCCAUUGUUACUAUAGUAGCAACUUAGAGUACCUGGAGAAAACUUACAAUGUUUGGUAGAAAGAAAUUUGAAGUAUUUUUUGACAUGUGAUGAAGGACAACUGCAUAUUGAGGGAAUGAAACUACAGUGGCGACUGUGCAACCACCACUCAGCAACUUUAGAUUUAAUUUCUUGCUAGCGUAAUACAUGACAUGAAAAACUUUUACGAGGAAUUAGUUCUAUUAACUCUGUUCAUUCCUGAAUAGGAGAUAACAAGAGGAAUAGACAACUACUGUGUACCACAACUGAACGAAAUCACCUCCAGAGCACAAGAUAUUCUCAACGAAAAGGAAUCAAGUGGACAGAAGAAUGCUGAGAUUACUGAAACUAUUGCAAGACUCUCGGAGAAGAUUAACGAUUUGAGGCAAUACACAGAAUCGCAGAAAGUUCAGUAAGUCUUGUUAUUGUAGUUUCAAUGUUUGUUUUAAUUUAAUUUCCCCGUAUUUUUCACGGUCAUGUUUUAUAAAGCAGUUAUCACGGAAGGAAACCAGAGUAUCAGCAUAAAAUGUCCGGUGUUUAUUUUGCAGGAAGAAGUGCUAACUAAUCCCUCGGCUACCGAUAUUUUGCGCCAAACAUUCUCAGUAAUCUAGGAAAGUUUAGGAGGCGUAGACUUUCGCGAAGCUCUUCGUCUUUGUUUAGAACGAAGGAAUUUUCAAGGAAGUAAUUUCUUGAAGAGUAAGGAAUUUGCGGAAGUCAAUUACGAGGUCGACUUGUAGCAAGUCUCAAUGUGUUGCAACAAUCCGAUACAGAAUAUAAAUAAAACGGUUUUGCAAUAAUGCAUUGAACGGCAUUUCCAAAUGAAACAAACUUUAUUUUUUUGAACGAUCUGUGUUAGUUUAGCUAGCGACAGUAACAAUACAGUAGUUGUUUCCUUAUUUUUAUUGCCAUUUCCCUUCAAAAAGCCACUGCUUUAUGUAUUCCACCUUACAGCUUUAUUUGGCUGUUCGAGCAGCUUGCCAGUCCACACAAGGAGAUUGAAUGUUGUGAUGACACAUCGAGGUGGUGGUGAGUACGUGUGUGGAUGGCAAGGAUCCUUAGGGGAUAUUUUUGCCGCGUCAACCUGCGUGAGCCUUAUAUGGCUAUUGUGUGAAUAUGGCUUGUGUGAAUAUUUAAUUACUUGUGUGAUUUAUUAAUAUAGACUCUGAUAUACUUACUUACUUACUUACUUACUUACUUACUUACUUACUUACUUACUUACUUACUUACUUACUUACUUACUUACUUACUUACUUACUUACUUACUUACUUACUUACAGAUUUAUUUAGCCACGCUGAUUUAUUUAGUUGUAAAAUACAAUCUGUUGAUUUUCAGAUGAUUACCAGCCAAGUGUGUGUCGAAUCACAAAUAUUAAAAUAUUUGAUAUUUUAAAGUAUAAAUUAACUCUAUUAUUUAUGAUUUGAAAAUACUGUAAAAGAAAAUGUUUAGUUAUUCUGAUAAUCCAUUGUUCUAUAUUCACAGUGUACGAAACGAAACACUGGCAUUCUUCACAGAGAAACUAAAUUCUUCAGAAGUGAUGGUGGAUCGCGUUCUGGAAGAUUUGAAGAAAUUGAGAUCAGUUGGAUCAGAAGCCGCAGUUGUUCGAGAUCAAGUCGAUUUGAUCAAGGUGUGUGAACAUAUGAAGUUUUUAGGCAGAGGUUUUCGCUGACUCAGAAAACGCAUGUUUGCAGACACUUCACAAAGGCGGGCGAAUACACCCUUCCGGAAAUAUAUUGGGUUUAGAGCCUUUUAUCUUGUUACUGGUGAAAAUAACUUUCCAGUACUUUCCGGAAGGGUCUGUUUAUGUUACCAUCAUAUGACCACCUUUUGUUACCAUUGGGCGGAAUUUUGCUUUGUCUUGUGAUUUCUCGGGUGGAACUAGAAAAGACAAGUAAAAGUUCUCCACGCGCAAAAUUCCGUCUAAUCGAAACCGGCUUUAGUUCUUUAAAUACGACAUGCUGCAACGUUCGUGCGCGGUGUUCGACGAACGGCUUUUUGCCCAUGACGCACGACUUUUUACCAGAUGAACUUCCCACUUGGCACGUUGUCAAAAAUGUCAACAAGAGUACCUUAGAAACAGAGUACGCAUUUCUCAAGCAGUACAACUCAAGUUGUAUAAACAGGUUGCAUGCAACAGUUUUAGGCAAAAGUUGUGUAGUGUAAAACGUACUGAACUUCAGACAUCAUUUUCUCUUUGGCGUCCAUCUAAAAUCUCACUGAACAUACUUUCUAUUAAGUUUUUAUUUGCCGCUUGAAACCAUCUGAAUCAUUACAGCUGUUUCCGCGUAGUACACAAUUGAUUUUACUUCCUAUUUACGUGUCAAUGUCUAUACGGGCUACACCGUUUCAAUAUAUACCUUUUAAAAGAGACCGAAACUGUAUUUCAGUUCUAUUUUACAUUAAUGAUCACUUGUGGUCAUUUUGCAUAUAUUUUCUCCACUUCACUAGACACGCUUUGUUUUUGACAGACAGCUUUUAUGAAUUUUUGCAUCUCUAAUUAUUAACAGUUCCCUCCGUUGGCUUGCUACGUUGUUAUGUAAUGCUGUAUAAUCUCAUCUAGGAAUCUGAAAACUACCUUCAACAACAUUUGUCAGAGUUCGAAGAAUCUAAGCGACAAAUUGUCGAGAUGGAAGACAAGGGUUAUCUUUCGACCGAUGGUUUUGAAGGCACGUUGAAGACAAAGACUGUUGAACUGGAACCGCGUAUGGCUGCAGUCGAGAAGCAAUUUUCUGAUACUAAGAAUCGGUAAGAUCUACGCUCAGAACACUUGUGACUCUUAUUGUAGUACGCUCAGAACUCUUGUGGGUUAUAGAACCAUGCAUUGACAGUAUUAAUAUAGUACAAACCCAAGUUUACCCAACACAGCGUUUGUGAACAUAUAUAAAGUUCUCGAACAUCAUGUUGAAAUAUGUGAAGUUUGUGAGGAUAAAUUUGACCCGGUUUGAGUCAUAUUGACAUUACAGUGUGUGCUAGUGUAUUUCAGUGAUGAAAAUGGUCCUGGAAUAUAGUUUUAUAAACUGAGUAUGGGUAAUCAGGAUUCUAUGGGGCUCAAUACGCCUAGCUGCAGGGUAAAAGCUCUUAUCACGGCUUUGAUAACAUCCGAAAUGACAUUUCGAGUGUCGAAUUAUAGCUUAGCUUGAUUCCAGUUACACUAUAAAGUUCAUUCAAAGUCAAACAAUCUUUUAUGGUCAGGAAAAACAUUUCGUGACACGAUUCAUCCCGAGCUGGCCUGGCUUAUAUAAACAGCCCUUUAAUGGAAAAUUCUAGUGAAUAAUUAUCAUAUAAACACUCAGUUAAAUUGUCUUUAUGUAGAUAGUGCGUGGUCACAAAUAGCUACUCGCAAAGUUUCUUUUGACCACAACGUUGGAUAACUUGCAAGCAAUCACAUCAUAGCUUGCAAAAGUAUGGUAUUAUGAGAAAUCACUUGUAUAUAUUCUCUGAAUUAAACAUUGUGAUUUCUUAUUGUAAAGCGCACCUCAUGUUUACCAGUUAGGCAUUCAAUUUGCCAAUUCGGGAAUUCUAAGCACAAAGGCUGUGGACAAGGCCAAUAUGUUUUUCAGUGUUGGAAAUCCUAUUCUAAUUAAAUUAAAUUAUGAAACUGAGUACCCAGCACAACCUCGCAUACCAGGCUCCUGGUUUGUAAUUGAGCCUAUCAUAGAGCGCUUUGACUGGUCAGACCCGAAUUAUUUUCUCUGUAUCAAUGGAGAGAUCUGGUCUAUGUUUCUCAAAUAUCUAGCGAAAAUGGACCUCAUUCUAAUUUUAUCUAAAUUUUCCAGUCAGGUAGGUCCGAAGUCCAAACGUUGUGUGUUUCAUUCAACAAUUUGGCCGGUCUGGCCAAUUCGUUAGGAUGAACCUUCCCAUUGGGGUAUAAGUGCACUAACCCGAAUGGGACGAUUUCUUUGUGACGUCGUAGUUAGAAGCAACAAGGAAGGUCGCACCACAGAAUAGGAAGUUAUACCAGAAGCGUAACUCUAGUCGUUUCCCUUAUUGUUUGACGUCCACGAAAAUUUUAACUCGCUCACGUCAGGCCACGCCAUCCUGGCUAGUACAGCCGGAAGUUUUUAUCAGGAUUUGGUAGGUACAAAGUGCCGGUUGUACUAGCCAGGAUGGCGUGAUUGAUGACGAAUCGCUUGUAAAAACGCGGACAAAUAUUUGCUCGAGUUACGCUUCUGGUAUAACUUCCUAUUCUGUGGUCGCACGUUCGGGCCUUCCAAGGCACGUUCUCUAAUCAUUCAACGUACCACAGAUCGCAUUGAAUAUGAAUCGCAUUGAAGUGAGCGAAUAAAUCCGCACUUUAACCUGAGAAACUUGUGCUCAACCGCGCAGCUAGAUAAUACGAGUCGACUUAUAGCAAGUUUAUCUAAUCAUGAAAAUCAGAACACUAAAGGAGAUCAUUAGCCGAAUUCACUUUGAGACGGGAAAUUCGUCUAUGACUAUGAAAACCCGUCUGAAUACAAAUUCGGAAAUCCGUGUGAAAUUUUACGUAGGUUUUACUAUAUAUAAUUUUAUAUGCUUAUCUCGAUAAUUCUAAACCCAAAAACUCGAAAAGGAAAUCCAAUGACUGACUUGCUGUUGUUCUUUUAUCUCAGACUUGCAAAGGGCGUAAUCAAUUUCCAUGGUCAACAUAAGGAUGAUGUGAAGAAAUGGUUAAGAUAUUGUGAGAGAAAAUUGAAUGAGAUUAACAGUGAUGCUGAUGAGAUCAACAGCGUUUAUGACGAAUACUGCAAACUGCAGGUAACUCAUCUCAGAAAUAGACCAAAUAUAGCGUAACGAUUAGCCACGUAAGCUUUGCGUUUCCGGGAACGGCAAACGGCAGGUUCGAACUUUCUUGGCAAAAUUUUUGUUAAACGUUUUCGUUUCAUAUUUUCAUAUUUGUAUCGAAAGAAUAGUCAUGCAUUGCAGUUUUAAAAUAGCAAGUUUAUUUACUCUUUAUUGCCUGAUACCGUAAAAUUUUUCUUUGCCUGGCGUUUGCCGUAUAACGCGAAGCUUAAACUCUCUAUUAUUGACAAAAUGUACGGGGAACUAUCUCGUAACUUUUUAAAAUUUCAUUAGACUUUUCCUUGCUAAGGCAAUCGGUAAGAAUCUCCCACAACCCUUGUGUGAAAAAUUGAAAAUCUUCCUCGGUCUUCUUGCUAAGGCAAGUGAUCCGCAAGAUCCAACUUUUUUCCAGGUUUACCGGUAGGUAAAAUUUUAAAGCCCUCAUUUGCAUGAUGGAUGGUAUGGUAGUCUCUACUAGAUUCAAAGUUUGUUUUUAUCUAUUUCACCGCCAGUUUAACGUUUGUAUUUCCCCAGGAACUGAGACGAGAGGUAAUUAAAGGAGAACAAGGUUUCUUGAACACACUGGAGCUGAAUGAGAGGUUGAUCGCAGAAGCCAUGUUGAAUGAACAGCAAGGGAAAGAGUAUCAAGGAGAGAUUCAAGCGAUUGCUAAAUCAAGAAAUAAACUUCAAAGACGAAUUCAGGAAAAGCACUCUAGGUAUAGAAAUAUGUAAUACUUUUUGUUUGUAUUGUAUGUUUUAUCGCCAUGCAAUCCAGAAGUCAAAUCUGAACUUCUCUAGUGUCCCUACAGGAGGAGUUCCUGGUAAAGCCUGCCGUGUUUUAGUGGAAUCAAAAUGGGAAACUAUAUAUUCUUAUGUGCAUGUUAUAUGUAUAAAAGGUUUCUUCUUCUGCUAACUAAUCUCAGACUAUUAGUAAACUCGUCUAAUCAUUUGGUUAUAGGUUAUACACUACACUGAUUGAAGGUUUAAAUGGCAUGUUGUCCACCUCAAUUCAUGCUUUUGAAGAAGCUCAAGCAACUUUAUGUGAGACGAAGUUAUGUGAAGACUUUGAUACAGCCACGGAACAGAUGAAUGGCGCAAAGGUUCGCAUAUAUUUUCCCAUCCGCGAUCACACAUAGUCAAUGUCCUUAGUGUAAACUGGUCUCAUGGUUUGCGCGUAAUUCUCCUGCAUUAUGCAAUUCCAGCUAUACACUAAAUUUCGAUUUAGGCAAGAAGAACAAAAUCCAUCACAACAGCUAGAAAGAGCAUGUUAAAAUUAGUAAAAUUGCAAAGUUUGGUUCCGAAAGUUUGGUUCCAAAGUUUGGUUCCGGUGCAUUUUCCCGUGCAUAAUACAAAUUAAUACAAAAUUUGCAAAUUUCGCAGUGCUAUAUUUUCCUCAUUUUACAACAUUUCGCAACCAAACUUUGUAAUUUUACUCAUUUUAACAUGCUCUUUCUAGCUGUGGUGAUGGAUUUUGUUCUUCUUGCCUAGAUCAAAAUUUAGUCUAAAGAUGGAAUCAUCCAUUGCAUGCAUCAACGUUUAGAAUUGCAUGUUUCCUUAUGUUUAGCGUAUUGCGGAGGGCAUGGUGGAGCUUGAAGAGAAAGCACAGGGAACUCUAGAAUUGGCGACAACAAUAACAACGUUUGGUAUUCUUAUCCUUAACGAAGAAGACAAGACUGGAGUGGAUGAAAAAAUCAAGCAGUUGAGGGAACAUGCCAGUACAAUGACGGGAAAAUCACGUGUGGAGUUUAACCGGUAGGUUUGGGUGAUAUAGGUAUAGGGCUUUGGUGUCGCAAUCGUCAGAGCACUCGCCUUUCACCUCUGAUAUCGCGGUUCGAUUCUCGUUCCAGACUCAAGAUAUUCAUGUGAAAAGAGUAAGUCGAUGCUCUGCCGAAUAAAGGAAUAAAUAUAUGCACAACAAAGUUCGAAAUAACAACAAAUUUUCGAUUUUUGGUAAAAAUAGUUUUUACUGCAGAUUAGUCGAAACGUAGAAUUAGACUGAAAAAUGAAAUUGUCGGAGUUUCCGUUGUACUAUAUUUUAUUAAAAUACUCAAUGGCUCCCGCAAAUUUCCUACCCUUUUUCUUUCUGAGAUGGCCUGGACUUUUGUUUAAUGGAGUUUGGAAUGCUUGUUAUAAUGAUUGUACAGGUUGAAUAACGUAUGGGAAAGAGGUAAAAAAAAUGCACAACUUGAAAAAGUGAGGAACAUUUCAAACCCUGAUUAAUUGAAGAAAGAGGAAUUGCUGUUCUUCUCUGACGUUGGUGUCUGUUUUAGCAGGCUGUUAGACGAAUAUCUAGUGCUAUUCAGAAAGGAAAUUGAAGAUCGGAAGACUUGGAUUGCUGUUAAUGAGAACAGGAUGUCAUCAAGUUAUUUAGAAAUUGAAGAUCUACCUGGAUUUCAGAAAGAACUGAACGAACAUAAGGUAAUGUAAUCAUUGUAACGCUUUAUUGAGUGCUAGUUAUCCAUUGUGCCAACUGUCAUUAGAAAUCCUAAUUUGUUACAUCUGUAUUCUAAUUUCCAGGAAUUCGAAGAAGAAUUAAACCAGAAAAACAUGGAGAAGAUGGCGGAUGCAGCUGAGAGAGUGACUGAACUGGAGAGGAAUUACAAAACGGAUGUGAGAAAUUUAGAAAAAAGAUGGAAAGUUUUAAAGGAAUGGUCAAAUGAUUAUUCUCUGGAAUUACAAAAAGUCGUCAAAGAAUGGAAGGUGCUAAAACAAGAACAAGACUUACUCGUGGAAUGGUUAGAUCCAAACGAGGAACAAUUGUCGAAAAUUAACGAGAAAAUAAAUUGGUCGGAUGAAGAGGGAAUGAAAAAACAGAUUGUAGAUCUCAAGGUAUGAGUUACCCUUUGUUGUCUUGGCAACGGGCAUAAGUAAUCAAACUAUCACUCUUAAUUUUACCGAAAAACACAGCACGAAGUUUGUUGUCCCUACAAGUACAAAGUUAUGCAGAACAUGAUAUAUAACGCAAUAAUUAAGCCACAUAUACAAGAGUUAUUCUUGCAUGUAUAGAUGUAUUCUUAGCAUGAUAUAACAUACUUUUUUCUGUCCAAUAUAUUUGUGAAUGAGAAAGACCUUGGACAGGGAGAGUGUAAAUCCAAUUUCCUCUCUUUAGAACAUUCAAUCUGAAUUGGAAGACAAAGGAGUAGUUUUAUCCCAGUCUCAUAUCAAAGGCAUGGCAUUAAUGAAGUUUUUGAAUGACGAAGCAGCCGCAUCGAGAACCAUUGAUCGAGAACUUUCUCAGCUAGAUCGGAGAUGGAAUACAAUGGCUAAAGAUAUCAUAGCACGGAUAGAAUUGGUAUGUAGGCUCGUCUUCACAUCUUUUAUUAAGAGGUGUAUAUUUCGAAGUUUUACAAUCCAUUUUGCGCUUUAGCUAAGGAACAUUCAGUACAAGCAAGCUGAUUUGAAGGAAAAGAAAGAACGUGUGAACACCUAUAUUGACGAUACAAACGCGGAACUUGACGAACAUGAGACGAAGACACAACGACUGCAAGGGAACAUGUCUCAGGACGUUGAAGAUGGAGAAACAGCGAGAGAAAAGAAAGUCCGAAUGAAAAAAGAAAAAGAAACUCUUCAACAAGAUGUUGUUGGCUUGGUUAAAAGUUUGGAGGUAUGCACGAAAUAUUUAUGUACUCAACUAAAGGUUUUUGUCGACACGUUAGCAUUGUUAGAUCAUGCAUGCAUUUGUUAACUUUUGAAUCCAACCUACAGCAAUGCAGCAUGCCAUUUAUUCAUACCGCUACAUUUCUCUGUCAGCCUCUCUCUCUCUGUAGAGGUCCAGUAUGGAUCACACCAGCCUUAACUAAAUUUCUACUUACACAAGAUAUGUCUAUUAAUAUUUGUAAACUUGAUUUUUUUCUGUGUUGGUGUUAUGUACUCAGGUGAGUAUGAUGUUUGUGAUGUUACUCUGAGUGUAUAUCCACACUGCAUGGGCAAGCUUGAAAAUAUGCCUGCCUACGACCUUUGGAAUACUAGCCCAAUGCUCUGGUAUUCCAAAGGCCGUAGGUUCUAUUCCCACCGUGGCCAGGUAUAUUUUCAAGCUAGCCCGGUGUGGAUAUACACGGUAUGGAUAUCACAAACAAUAUUUGUAAACUGUUGUCACAAAGUCUGGUCACAGAGGCAACAUGCACUCAUACCAAUCAGUCUCAACAUUCCUAAUUUUUUUUUCUCCAGGAAAGAAUCGCUGAAUUUCCAAGAAGCCAAGCUAUUGUUGAUCGUAUCAAUACUGCAAGCAAAGACCUGGAAGAUGUAGCUGAUGAAGAUUCUAAAGCUGCACUCCAUGACGAACUUGUUAAUUUCAAUGCUAGAUGGCUGGUUAUUGUCACGAGACUUGAAGAUUAUUCAUCUACCGAUCUUCCAGAUCCAGGCUCAUUUGGAUGCAUGGGCUUCGUGAAACGAAGAUUAAGUGGAUCGACAUACUAGUCUACCCCGUUAGAAAUUCCUAGAAUUCCAAGAACAUAUAUUUAUACGCACCCGUAGUUUUGUAUUUUUCUAUGAAUAUUUAUAGCUAUUUCACCACAAUACGCAGCCAAAAAGGCGAAGUAAAUUUUACGUGCCAAUCGAUAUACACUUUGGGAAUUUGCUUGUAAUAAUUUCAAGCAGUUGACAAUUAGAAUUGUAGUUAGGAAAGAUAGAAAGGUUGAAGGGUUAGUCUGAAUGUACGGCCUUGUUCUCCCUAUUGUCGUGCUCAUUUAAAUUUUGCGCAUGUAUAUAUGGCAGAGCAAUAGUUCGUUAGAAUUAAAUGCGCUUAAAUAUAAGAAAGUGCGCGAAUGAUACUAAUGAUGGGAACGUGACAGGAGCGCAAAUCGUAAUGAGACUAAGACAAUUAAAUGACCCAAGAUGGAAGAUUGACCAAAAUGAUAGCAGAAUGUAUGUAAAUAUUUGUAAUAAUGCAUAAUAACAUAGACAAGUAAAAUUUCUGAUUGUGGAAACAAUGUUGGCCGAUCUAAAGGCCAUGUUACACGGUGCAAUUUUUCUUGCAACUUGCAAUGCAAUUCUACUCUUGAGAAAUGUAAAAUUGCCAAAUACGAGUUACUUUACACUCCGUUUUCUCAACAUAUCGAAAAUUCUUCACUGAUUUCACUAAUUAACAUCUCUCAAGAGUAGAACUGCAUUGCAACUUGGAAGAAAAAUUGCACCGUGUAACAUGGCCUUAAUUGGACUCAUUUUUUUUCUGUUUCUGCGACAGAACUGAAUCCGGUUGUCCCAAUCUUUGUAUAUUAUCAUUAGUGUGUUAAACAUGGGGGUUGGGAGGGAAAAAAUUUGCCAGAUAUCAAUG